AUGGAGCACACUGAUCAAUUGAACACAAUGAUCAAUAUCAUCGAAGAUUCACAUGAGGCCUUGCAAAGGAAGCUAGAUGAUAUUAACAAUGUAAAUAAUACAAAAGAUGUAUCAAUAUCAUCAUCGUCAUUUGGUCAGACUAUUUCCAGCUCGGUAAAAACCGCCAGUUAUUCAAUGCCCAUUUCGAAAGGACAACAUAUUAAAGAAUCAAAUUCACACAAGUCUUUAUCCAUAAUUCAUCAAAAUUUAUCGACUGAUUCUAAUAUAUCCGUUGAGAGUAGCGCUCCUCCCAGUGGCGCAACAGAAAUUGCAAACUUUAUCGGAGAUGAUUGGCUAAAAGAUUUAAGUGUAGAUUCGAGUAAUCCUAAAGAAAAUGUUUCUAAUAUUGAAAAACACGUUAUCGAAUCUUCUGAUGACAUAAUCGAAAAUGAGCAAGAAUCUCGAACUCAAAUUGCAAAUUCAUCAUUAAAAAAGAACAUUGACAAUACUAACGAAACUUUCUCGACAGAAAUGAUUGAUUCAAUUGAUAGUGGACAUAAAAAUACAAAUUCAGAUUAUAUAUCAAAGUUACAAAUUUUUCAAACACCUUAUAACGCAACUACCCUUGGAACAUUGUUUAAAAAAUGUGCUCGUAUACAAUCUGCUGAAUAUAUCAAGCAUGAGGAUUUAGACGGAAAAAAGGCUGUUGAUGAUUUCAUGGUACUGUACGAUAAUGAUUAUCCGGUGACAAUUAAUAAAAAAGUUAUAGAGGAUUGUGCAAAUCGACGUCGGAAAAAGCAAGUCGUCCUUCCAUCAAAAUCAGAUAUCAAAAAAUUAUAUAACUAUGCACAAAAAUUAUGUGAAGAAGCCAUGGAAAUUCUUCAGAAAAAAUUUGAUCUUAAGGCAUGGAAACAAUUAACGCAAGGUACUCUGAUUCUCGUUCAAAUGUUUAAUCGACGAAGAGCCGGUGAAAUUGAGAGACUCCCCAUUGAAAAUUAUCAAAAUCAAGAGACGAUUGACAAUGUCCUUAACGCUGAUAUAUUUAAAAAUAUAUCAGAAGAAUCUCAACAACAAGCCAAGCAAUUUAGAAUAGAUGAAAAUCAAGUUUCUGAUUUAGCCAAUUUUAUGGGGCAUCAUGAACAAAUUCAUAAAGAUGUAUAUCGAAUUCCUAAUGGAUUGAUUGAUAUGACUGAAGUAUCUCGUUUGCUGCAAGCUGCAAUAGACAAUAAAGACAAUAAUAAUGACAGCAAUGAAGAAAAUUCCAACAACGAAAAUUCCAACAACGAAAAUUCCAACAACAAAAAUGCAACAGAGGAUACAUCGAGCAAUGACGAUGAUAAUUAUGAGGAUAAUAAUAUAAAAAUUAUUAAUGAUAAACCUCAAACAUCGCGUAAGAAAAGACGUAUUCACACAUUAAAUUAUAAUGACAGUGACGAUGAAAUUUUAAAUAACAGUACUUAUUGCUCGAGAUCUGUAUUGCAAAAACCAGUAAAGCGUAUUAAAUGGACUGAAAUGGAGAAAGAAAUAGUUCAGAAAAAAUUUGGUGACAUUUAUAAGCUGCCAAAAUUACCAUCACUGAAUGAAUGUAGAAUUUUAAUUGGUCAAAAUAGAUGCUUGAGAAAAAGAACUCCUGAGCAAUUAAAAUCUUGGAUUGAUAAUCAGCGCAAGGGCAACUUUAGAAAAUAG